AUGGGUGAAAGAGAUAGUGAAAUGUCGAAUAUAAUUAAAGAAUUCUAUAGGAUUAUUGAUGAAUUAAAAACGAAGCGAGUACCCAAGGAUUUAAUUUCUGAGUUAAAUACUCAGGUUGAGGCAGUUGUGAAAUGGGCACAUACGUCUACGCUUAAGAUUAUGGAAUUAGAUAUGCGUAAGAGUAGUGAGGAGACUCUUUUAGAAUUCAAAGAGGAGAUAAAACAAAUGAUUGAUGAAAGACUGGAUAGUAGGAGAGAUAGAGAAGUUGAUGAUCAAAGAAAUAAUGAUAAAAAGAAAAACAGUGAAAAGAGAUCUAGGGCUAACGAUUUGAUUAUAAGACCAGUUGAUAAAGAUGUUGAUGUCUAUGAUGAACUUAAUGCUGAACUCCAACCACAGGAUAUAGAAAAUUCUAGACCCACCUUCUCUUCUGCAUGUGGAGAUGGAUAUACGGAUUUGGUGUUGUGUUCUCCAAAUUCUCUUAUUGAGAACUUUGACAUGCAAAUAUUGGAGGAAAAUUCCCUUAGCGAUCAUAACUAUAUUUUGAUAAGUAUAAAGGAUGUUAGUAUUAAAGAUAAGAGGGAUAUUAUUCUGUCAAAUAAUGUUAAAAGAAUUGAUAGAUGUUGCGUUAAGAUGAGAAGGUUUAUUUUUGAGAUUGAAGACCGUAUUGUCAAUACGAAGGAUGCUGGGGAAUUUAAUGAUUUAAUUUUGUAUAUGGAGAAGCGAAUUGAAGAAAGAAUGAGAAGAGAUUUAAAGUGUGAGAUACGACAACGUAGUGGUACUGCUUGGUGGAAUUAUGAGCUGAAUACUCUUAGAAGGAGAGUCAGGGCUAUCCGCAAGAGUUGCCAGGUGAAGGGUGAUUUCAGAAAUAGGGCUUUUAUUCAAGACAAGGAAUAUUACGAAGGAAUUUUUAAGGUUGCUACGAAUAAAAUUAAGAAACAGAUUAUAUUACGAGAUAGUGAUAAUAGAGCGGCUACGGAUGUAAAGGAAGAAUAUUUGAAAAUUGUUAAAAAGACACUGAAUAUUGAAACUGAUGAAAUUGAUGAUCCUGAUAAUAAUGGUGAUAACUUUGGUAAUGACGACUUAGAUGGUGAAUUGGACUUUACCUACGAAGAAAUUAGGGAAGUCAUUUUAAGUCUUAGAGACAGAGCCGCUCCAGGAUUGGAUGGAAUUCGGGCAAGAGUUGUAAAAAGAUUGUUUGUGAACUAUCCUUCGUUUUUUAUUAUUUUGUUUAAUAAAUGUUUGUCUUUGCAUGUUUUUCCUAUUGCCUGGAAGAUUGGAAGAUUAAUUUUGUUGCCUAAAAAUGAAGAUAAAUAUCGCCCAAUUUGUCUAUUAAAGGUUUUUGCUAAGGUAUUGGAUAAGCUAAUUGUAAAUAGACUUUUAUAUGUCAUAAAUGAUAAACAACAUCUUGCGGAAAAUCAAUAUGGAUUUAGGAAAAGAAGAUCUGCUAAUCUGGCACUCUUUAGGGUAGUUGAUAAAAUACGUAGAAUAAAAAGUAUUGAACAUGUCGCGGUUGUUUCUUUCGAUGUCAAGGCUGCUUUUGACUCUGUUCGAUGGUCCUCCGUAUUAAAUAAAUUAUUUGAGCUGAAGAUUACAAAAGAUCUUUAUUUACUUAUCAGGGAUUAUUUUAGUAAUAGAAGAAUUGUUUUUAAGGGAUUUUCAGAAGAUUUAGAUAUAAAUUUGGAUAUGUUUAAAGGCUGUCCGCAGGGAUCGUGUAGUGCUCCCCUGUUCUGGGCCCUAAUAGUUAAUACUCUCCUUGUGGAUUUUGAUGUUUCUAAUGCAGAAAUAAUUUGUUAUGCAGAUGAUAUUCUGCUUAUUAUUAAGGGCUCCUCUCUGGAAAAAAUACAACAUACCUUUAUAAAAGUUGAAGAGCAGAUGUUGAAGUGGGAGUAA